UUUAUGGGGACAUUACUCCUGGACAUUCAGUGUAGAUGUUAUAAUUCCCUGCCAGGGAGUAGAUCCCAGCAUGUGAGUCUGACAUCUCACACUACCCGUCAAGGGGAGCUUGUGGAGUUCCAUGUGCGUAGUGCUAAUAAUAGCCUCAGAGCACGUUUGUGGCUAUAUACAGCCAUUUCCAACAGAGGCUUAAGAGAGUCACACAAGUCAGUUCAUGUGCCCAACUGUCCAGCACAGUUUACUCUUACCUGCCCAUCCAGACAAGCAAGUGCGAGCUCAAAAUGUCACCGUCUCUUAGUCUUUAGAAUAUUUUGUAUAGACAAAAUAAUUCGUGUGAAAAAUUAUUCUUAUAAAAGGUAAUGAUGAAAUAACAAACCCAAAAAACAUUUACGCUAUUAAUGCGCUUCCAUAUCCGAAGACUAUUUGGUUACGUGUUUUUCCUGUUUCCAACACCCACCAAUCCGUGCCUUACAACGGUCCUGCUGGUGAUAUGGCGUCCUCCUGUGACUAUAUCUAAUCAUUUCCAGUUAAGUAGAAAUCGAAACUUAACCCUUCUCAAUAAUUCUGUGUUGGCAAGUUUGUGUUUUUCAGCUCGUUGUCCAUGCCCCAUGUCGGUCUCCCAGAUAACACCCUCUCUCUUUCUGAGCGGUGUGGAUGCUGCUCAGAAGCUAACACUGAUCACCAACAGGAACAUUACUCUGAUAAUAAAUGCCACAGCAGAGCUUAUUGUGUAUCCCAAUUACAAAGGGGUGGAGGUCCUUCAUGUGCCUGUCCAGGAUCAACCUCAUGCCCCAUUGAGACACUACUUUGAAUCUGUAGCUGAGUCCAUCCAUAACAACCAUUCAGGGCACACAUUGGUACACUGCUCUGCUGGCAGGAGCCGGUCUCCUGCCCUUAUCAUGGCUUACCUCAUGAAACACAAAGGGGUCAGUCUACGUCAGGCCCAUGAAUGGGUUCUUGAGAACAGGCCUCACAUUCGUCCCAAUGCUGGAUUUUGGCGUCAGCUGAUGGAAUAUGAGAGAGAUCUUCAUGGGAAAAACACAGUGAGGAUGGUAGCCACAGCUUGUGGGGUAUUCCCAGAGGCCCUUGACAAUGAAGAGAACUCUGCAUACUGCAUGAAUGUUUGACAAAUACUAUGUCUGUGAUUAUUAUAAGUCGUCAGAUUUAUGGGGAGUUUUGAUUUCUUUCUUCUUGGUUGACCUACACACUUCCAACAUUUUGCCAUAUUCAUACACUAACUGAACUUUGUCACUAGCAACAUUCAUGUCAUGAUUGUCAUUGUAGGACAUUUCAUAAAGCAGAGAACAGAUGUAGUGCAAAGUUAAUUAGAACAAAGUUGUUAUUAUUUGAAACAAAACAAAAAAUACUUUUUCAAAAGGCAUUUCAGAGGUUUCUCUCAUCUCAAUCAGCUGUAUUUGUUUUUGUUCACCACUAAAUUCUAAGUCUCAAAUGAACACAUCAUGAACAUCAGCACGGUAAAAUGAUCAGUGUCCUUGUAAGAUGUUCACAUUGUUUCACUCAAUGAAACACAAUGGGCCCAUUGAAUGUUCCCUGUUCAGUAUUGAAAACUUCUCUUUGUCUGAAUGUCAUCCAGAAUCUGCUGCAGCUCCUCAUCUUCAAAACGUCCCUCAAGACUACAAUAAAAAGCAGCAUUUAGUCAA